AUGGUUAUUCAAAGAUUCACAGCAACUUCUCACCCGCGCCACUUAGAAUCUAUCAAAUCGGCAGCGAGCACAGUGGCCUACGACCUCGUGAAAUUCUAUACAGGCAACAAUACAGGCGAUACACCAGGAAACCUACCAGACCCGUACUACUGGUGGGAAGCAGGGGCAUUCUUUGGAGCUCUUGUUAACUACUGGUCAUACACGGGGGACACGAUAUAUACUGAAAUCACACGACAAGCACUUGUUCACCAAGCUGGCGAAAAAGGCGAUUUCAUGCCAACAAACCAAACCUAUACAGAAGGUAAUGAUGAUCAAAUGUUCUGGGCCAUUGCAGCAAUGGCAGCUGCAGAGAGAAAUUUUCCAAAUCCCGAGUCCGGCCCUGGGUAUCUGUCCAUGGUUCAAGCUGUCUUCAACGAACAAGCUGGAAGAUGGGACCCGGAAUGUCAUGGCGGACUACGCUGGCAGAUUUAUACUUGGAACUCGGGGUAUAAUUACAAGAACAGUAUUUCUAACGGUGGCUUUUUCAAUAUGGCCGCUCGCUUGGCACGGUACACUGGAAAUGAGACCUACGCAGAAUGGGCUACAAAGUCCUACGAAUGGUCCAAGAAAGUUGGUCUGGUUGGAGACAAAAACGAAAUCUUUGAUGGAGUUACUACAACCGAUAGCUGUUCCAGUCACGACCAUAAUCGUUGGAGCUACAAUGCUGGAAUUUUCUUGCACGGAACCUCUGUGAUGUAUAACUAUACUGCUUCCCUUUCAUCCGAUUCAUCGACAAACACAUCCGGCGUCUGGAAAGAAAGAAUGGACGGGCUGCUUGCAGCUAGCUCUCAUUUCUUCUCCAAGAACGAAUCCAGCAUGAACGUGAUGUUUGAACCCCUAUGUGAGCUUACUGGCAGCUGCAAUGUUGACCAGCUUUCUUUCAAAGCGUAUCUAUCUCGAUGGCUUGCAGAAGUGACCCAAUAUGCACCCUACACCUACGAUCAAGUGAUGGCAUAUCUACGCCCAACAGCAGAAGCAGCUGUGAAACAGUGUCAGGGUGGAGAAAGAGGAACUAGCUGUGGCAUGAGAUGGUCUUCUGGGACGUAUGAUGGCACAACCGGUGUUGGGCAGCAGAUGGGGACACUGGAGGUUUUGCAAGCGCUCCUUACUUCUGAUGUCGGCGGAGCUCUGACUUCUACAACUGGUGGGACUAGCGAGAGUAACCCUGCUGCGGGCACUGGAGAUAAUAAAACAGACACUGAUGUGCCAGAAAGGCAGCUCACUACGGCUGAUAGAGCCGGGGCAGGGAUUCUAACCGUUGUGGGUGUUUCUGGGAUAUGUUCGGCUGUAUAUAUGAUGCUUUCUUGA